CGAUUGGCAUCUCUGGCUGGAAAAUAAAAAUGGCGACAACUGGCUACCCCGAAAAUCGGUUGUUAUUGUUCGUGGAAUUUCUAUAAUUACGAGGAUUUUUGUACAAAAUAAGCAAGAAAAACAUAGCGCCCCAGCUUUAGCAAUAGGCUAAAAAGCAACCACGAACCUUUGACAACGUCCGUGUGCGAUUACCCAGAAGCCAAACGCUCGCGAUUCGUGUUAAAUUACCAUCCGAAUGUGCUGCCCAGAAACGAGAAAAAAAAUUCGGGCGCCUCUGAAAAGCAAUAUAUUAUCGUAGCGCCUCGAGUGAAAUGGAAAACAAUAAGGGCACAAAAGGCCGAAAAGAACUGUGAACGAUAAUCUGUUAGCGGGAACGGAUGAAUUUGGCCAGGAUUGGGGCUAGAAAAGUGACGCAGGAGGAAAAUCCGUAUCCCCGUAUCCGAAUCGGAAUCGCUAGCGAGCCCUGCCCGCGCCCCGCACGUUGCCAAUGUGUGUGUGCGUGUGUGUGUUUGUGAACGCGAGUGUGUGUGUUAGUGAGGCCUACUACUAAAAAAAAAAAAAGAAGAAAAAAAGUAGCAGCGGUGGAAAAUGCCCAAAAACAAUGUCGCAGAGGUUAAAUUGAGCGACGAAAACUAGUGAGUGAGCCCAACAACAACAACAACAACAACCACAACCACGAAUGGAUACAAUCGUCCCAAAACAAUACCCGGAACAAAGUGCAAAUCCAUAACAAAUAAUACAAAAUACAAGUUGAAUGUAAUGCCAAUAUGCAAUUGUUUAAACGCAAAGGACGCCACCUGAAGUAUCAUCUGCAUCGCGUUCGAAAGUCUCCCGUUCUAGAUGCGAAAAUUGAGAAGCGUUCUACCAAUUAAACCUACGACGCGUGCGAUUGUCGUGUGAUGAUAUGCCACUUAAACAGCAGCUUGAACCGUCACUGGUGCGGAUAUUGGUGUCGCUCCCCUGGGAUGCAGCUCAACGGCUGCGCCAAUUGGCCGCCGAGGGAAAUCCCGAACUGCGCGCCCUCAACAUUCAGUCCGUGCAGUUCGAGGGCGAUUCUGUGAUAACUUUGAAAGUUGGAGGACAGGAUAUUAAGAUAAUCAAGGAGAAUGUAAGCGAGACACUUGAGGCGGCUGGCUCGUCUUCCGGCAACAACAAGAGCCUGGUGGCUCUGUCCCCGAGUUUUGAUGGCCCCAGUACCAGCAAAGCUGCCUCCGCCUACCUGCAACAACAACAGCAGCAGCAGAUGCAACAGCGGACUGUGCAGCUGCCCCAAAAUGUUUCCAAUGAUGCAAUCUCAGUCCAGCAAAGGAGAGCGGGCCAGCAGAAGAUGCCGUCCCAGCAGACACCGCCAGUGUUCAAAUCGCCCAACACAGUGUGUCCCAUGGAAGGCAAAGUGCCCGUCCUGCUGCCGUCGCCAUCGGGAACACGGGAUUUCCCAUUCGAGAGCAUGCGACAGGCGCGCGUCCUGCAGCAGGGCAGGGAAACUGGUGUGGCAGGUGCCGGUGUCUUGGGACCGCCACUACCGCCGCCCAACGUGACGCUGAAGGUGCUGAAGAACCCGCCGCCCCAACAGCAGCAGCCGUCGCAGAAUGGCGAGCUGACACCGACAGGCAGCAAAUCUCAGUUCAUCCAGCCACCACCGCCGCCAUAUCCGGGAUUGGGAGCUACCACUGCCAACUCUGGCAGCAGCUCGCCCAUAGCCAUAGCUAAGCCUGCGAUUGUGCCCGCCUCCAGUCCGCUGCAGACCCAUCCUCCGCCUCCUCCGCAUCCUCAUCAGCAUUCACAACUCCCCCACCAGCAGCCGCUGCCUGCGGCAACGUCGACGGGCAGCAACAACAUUGCCAUAUCGUCGCCGCUGUUAGUUAACCUGCUGCAGAACGACGGCAAUGCCAUGUCGAACUCGAAUCCGAACCAGCUCAAGUCGCCGCAGCAACAGCAGCAGCAGCAGAUUGGCAUGAGUCCCAGCGGAGCGCAGAUGAUGAACUCUCCGAUGCGCUCGUCGGGUCCGGCGACGCCAAACGACUUCCUAAUGAGCGAUGUUCUCAGUCCGGUGGUGCCUUCCUCUCCAACAACUCCACAGACGCCGCAGGUGCCAUGCCCGCCAAACGUGGUGAUGCGGAGUCUGCAGCAGCAGCAACAGGCAAUGCUCAGUCCCAGCGGCAAUAGCAAUCAUUUGUAUACUCAACAGCAGCAGCAGCAGGUCCAACAACAACAACAGCAGCAGCAAAUACGCUUUCAACAGCAACAACAACAACAACAGCAGCAAAUGUCUCCGCAGGCCGUGGCUAUCCGGCAACAAAUGCAACGCCAACAACAGCAGCUGCGGUUUAUGCAACCGCAACAACAGCAGGCAUUGCCAGGGCAAUCACAACAGCAGCCACAGUUUCCCACUGCGCCUGAUUGCUUCAACAACAUGGGUAUGAACUCCAUGCAGCAACAGCAGCAGCUGAGACAGCAGGCGCAACUGCGACCCGGUGCUCUGCCUCUGGCUCCUCCGCCACCUCAUCCGCAGCAGCAGCAACAACAGCGGAUGAUGACGCUGCCCAUGCCACAAGCGUCGCCGCAACAGCAGCAACAGUUCAUGAGCGGGGCCUCGCCCCUGGGACCUGUACUAUCGCCUGCCUCCAGUCACCACUCGAUGCAUAGCCCGCUGAUGGCGCCGCAGCAGCAGCCCCAGCCGCAACAACAGCCUACGCCCGGAUCCUCUGUUCCCAGCGAGCUGGGACACCAUGUACCUGCAGCGCCGCCACCGGACUACAACCAGGCGGCAGCCAACUCUCGCUGGCCGCUGGCCGGGAUCAAUAAGCCGAUGGACUCGGCCACCAAGAGUAGUUUCCAGGAGUUCACCAGGUACCAGAUGCAGUACAAUCUCCAGCAGCAGCAGCAACAAGUUAAUAUGCCGGGGCAGCAGCAACCACAACAGCAGCAACAACCACAGCAGCAGCAGCAGCCAACUCAACAGUUGCCGACUCCUCAACAGCCUCAGCAGCAGCAGCAGCCGACGACACAGCAGCAACAGCAGGCUCAGGAUUCGCUGAUGUCCCUGUCUGUGCUGGAUGCCCUGACGACGAACGACUUGGACGCCUUGCUGCCAACUCUUAACUGUGAUCUGGACUCGACGUUAAGUCUGGAGGACAAGAACGAUCUCGAAUCGCUUUUGCAGGAUGCCAAGGAUCUAGACUUGGAUUUGAUAGACGAUAACCUGUCGGCGGUGGGGAUGGAUGUCGGCGAUGCGCUCAGCACGUUGCAAGAAGCUCCGUUAGAUCCCCAGCAUCAACAGCAGCAGCAGCAGGGUGGAGUGAUGCAGCAGCCACAAAUGAUGCAAAUGCCCUACCAGCAGCAGCAGCAGCCUCCACAACUGCAACAGCAGAUGAUCAUGCAACAGCAGCAACGGCAACAGCAGCUGCCGCAAAUGCAACAGAGGCAGCAACAGCAGCAGGUUCAGCGGCAAAUGCAGCUACAGCAGCAACAACAACAGCUCCAAAUGGUGCAGCGACAGCAGCAGCAGCAGUUGCAGGUGCAGGUGCAGCAUGCCCAGCCGCAACAGAGGCCGCCACAGAAACAGUUCAUAAUCAAUCCGCACACUGGCGACAUGGAACCAAUGGCCAGUGAUGACAGCGACACGGAGGCGGAACAGGAAACUGCCCAGCUGCAGUUCCGCUCCAGCAGUAACAACAUAUCCGGUGGGCUGAGCAGCUUUAGCUUCAAUCCCGCCAACGACAUGAUGCUGCCCACCAAUCUGUUUUCCGAAGAGGACUCCAACUCCGCGCAACAACUGCCAAUGGGAAUCAGCAGUGAUCCGGAGCGGUCCCGUGACUCGAUAGCCUCCAACAAAUCGGCCACGAGUCGGGCAAGGAAAACCCCAGUGCUGAAGGCAAAUCACAGCAACCUGAUGGGCGGGGAGAACUCGCCGCGAUCCAGCAACAGUUCCCCGCUUAUUGGACUGAACUCGCCCCAGUCGGUGACGGCAACCAUUGGAGGGGCGGCCAGUAAGAAGGCGAAGCCGAAUCUGCUGCGCGAGAAGCUGCAGCAAGGUGUUAAGGAGCGCAAGGCGAAGGAUGCCACUGCCACCCCGAAGCCGAAACGAGAACGGGCGAAGGGCAACGCCAAGACGAAGGCGGCCGAGGAGAAGCUGAAGCUGCGCGUGAAGCUGGACAAGGUUGACACCGAAGGGCCGCUGCUCAUCAACCAGCAGCCGCAUCAACAGCCACAGCAGCAGCAGCAACAGGCUUUGGUGAGCAACAACCACUUGCAACAGCAGCUGCCCAUGCAGACGCAACUGUUGACGUUGCCAACACAGCAGCAUCCCCAGCAGCAGCAGCAACAGAUGCAACAGACGCCGAUGCAGCAACAGCCUCAGCAACAACCACCUCUAUUGCAGCAGCAGCAACAGACUAUCCAGCAGCAACUGCAACACACAGUUGGUGGCAACUUUCAGCCACAACAGCAACAGCAGCAGCAGCCUGUACCGGGCCUCAACGAACCGCGUGUGCCUCCCCUGCAGAUCCGACUGCGUGGCAAGAACCAUGUAGUUGUGAAGAACACUCGCAAGGAUCGCAAGAAGGGCCAGAACCAGGAGGCAGCUGGUGAUGAGCGGCAGUUGAAGCGCAGCUACAGCGACCAGCCGCAGCAGCAGCUACUGUUGGAGUCCAUAGCGGAUAACAAGCAAACCAAGCUGACGCCUCCGGCCCACAUCAAUGGGUUGCCCCUGCUGAUACAGAAGACCACGACACCCACAGCCUUGCCGCAGCAACUGCAAACUGGAGGACCGGCAAACACCAAAACCAGGACCAUUGUGGCGGGCAAGAACGGGCUGACAAUCAGUGCCAUCGUGGAGGCGCACAAGGCGCAGGCACAGGCCCAGUCGCUGAGUGAUUCCCAGAUGAUUGUGGGCUCCUCCAACACGGGCACCACGCCGACGCCCGCCACCUUGCAGCAACAGCAGCAGCAGCAGCUGAGCAAGAUCGCCACCUCCCUGCCCAGCAGCAUCACCCUGAGUGCCAUCAACAGCAACAACAACAACAAUUCGAAUAGCGGCAACAACAACCGGCUGCUGACGAUGAAGAAUCCGAUCAAGACAGCGGCGACGAUCACGCCCAUCGUGGGUGGCAAGCCGAUGACAAAAAACCAUAAGCCGCCGCCAUACAUCACAGCCGUGCAACAGCUGCAGCUGCAGAAGCAACAACAGCAGCAACAGCAACAGCAGCACCAGCAGCAGCAACAACAGCAGCAGCAACAGCAGCGACAACUGGCGGCGGCCGUAACCAUGUUGCCCAGUGCGACGACUCUGAAGCGAGUUGAGAUCACAAAGGUUACUGCAGAGCAGGCUCCCAUCUUGACUUCAUCCCCGGCAGCAGCAGCAGCAGCAGCAGCGGCAGCGGCAACGGUGGCAGCUGCAACAGCAACACUAACCACAUCGUCGUCGACGACCACAACGCAAACAACUCAGCUGAUCUGUGAUAGAAAGUUGCCAGUCUCCAUCAACAAUGUGGUGGUGGCCACCGUGAAUCCCGCCUCCGUUUCCGUCUCCGCCCCGAUCUCCACAUCCAUCUCCUCCUCCACCGCAUCCUCGGUUGCGUCCGUAACGUUGGCUUCAGCAUCAGUCUCAGUUUCGUCGACGUCCAGCACCUCUACCUCAUCCCCGGCAGCCUUGCCCAGCACGCUGCGGAACUCGCCCGCGAGCAAUGGCAGCGGCACGCCAGGCCAUGGGAACAACGGCGGUGGCGAGGAUAGCGGAAUCGAGUCCAUGGAUGCCCUCUCCGAGAAGAGCCCCCACCAGCUCUCCUCCAGCAGUCCCAUCCAGGUUACCAAGGUGGUGCAGCAACAGCCCCAACCGCAGGUGACUACCCUGAGUGGCACAACAGUGACGGCGGUGACAACGCCAGUGACUGCGCCCAGCUCUACGACGGUGACAGUGACUGGAACUACUGGGUCGGCGGCCACGGCAGGCAGUUCCUUGCAGCAGCAGCAGAAGCAGCAGGCGGACGACGAAAUCGAGAAGGCGCUGGCCAAGAUGGAGGGGGGACUGAACGAGGACUUCGAGGAGAUUGCCUCCAGUGCGGGGACGGGGGGCUUUCUGAACAACAUGGAGAACUCCCUGCCGACAACAACUGUGGCACCAGCAACCACCACGAACACAAGCACCGUCAAGCUGAACGGCGAACACCAUAUACUCGAACAUGAUGAUCUCAUCAAGAAACUCACAGAAAGCAAGCAGCCGGGCCGGAUGGAGGUGCGUGUUAAAGUGGAAGAGAUUCCGCCGCUGCUGAGCAUCAAGAAGGAGCCGGCCAACCUGAAACCAGUGGUGAAGAUGGAAGUCAAAGUGGAGCAGAAGGCAGGGCCCAAAGCCGAGGUCAAGCAGGAGGAGAAGGCGCCGUCGGAGAAGCUUCAUCCCGAGACGAAUGCCGUGUCCUUGCAGCCCAUUUCGAUUGAGAUACCCGCCCAGGUGGACGGAGAGUCGCCGCGGAUUAGGACGCGGGCCAGCAGUCGCCUGGAGAGUCCCCUGGACGCGGCCAAAGCCAGUCCAGAAGCCACUGCUACUGCAGCCGCCACGCCUGGCCUCGCCAAGAGCCUGUCCCGUGCCUCGUCCAACGCCAGUCCGAGAACCGUAGUCACACCCAUUCCCAACCACAAUAACAACAACAAACGACGGCGACCGGAGUCCGAGUCCGAGCCGGAAGCGGCCGAGAGCAAGCGUCAGAGGGUGAGCAGUGGAAACGGAACUGCCAGCAACAACUCGGUAGCGACCGCCAACAGCACCAGCUCCAAUCCUGCUGAGGCUGGGGCGGAGACCAAUGCCGGUGGCGGAACUGUGCUGAACAAGAAGAUAGAGAUUGAGUCCUCGGAUUCGGAUGAGCCGCUGAUCGAGGUGGCUGGCAAGGUGCGGAACUCCAAGCAGGCGCAGGUGGAGGUGAACGAUGCCGCAGCCACGGCGGCCACCCCUGGGUCAGUUGUGGAAAAGCAUGUGACGCGUCGGAAUGCCCAGCAGCAGCAACAGAACAAAACGAACAAUAAUGCUGCAGGUGCCACUCCAGCACUCGGAAAUCCGCGAACAGUCAAGGCCCAAGUGGCAACUGGAAACGCCUCGGCCGCCAGCAGCAACCACAGCAGCAAUGCCAACAGUCCCAGUGUGCCGAAUGCUUCAGUUGCCGCUACGACUCCGGGAGGAGCUGUGGUUACCACAGCCCAAAGCAACAGUGGCAGCGUGCCCAACGUGGUGCAUGCGACUCGUGGAGCCACCGCCGCGGCAGCCAGUACCACCAACUCGAACCACAAUGCCAGCAACGCCACCUCACCGUCGGACGAGAAAAUCGGGACCCGGCGAAGUGUGCGAGCCAGUGCGGCGGCUAACAAGAUCAUUUAUGCCCGGAGCAAUGCGGCAGCGGCCGCACAUGCGGCAGAGUCGAAGGGAACGCCGGGCAAGGCUGGAGCUGCCGGUGGAGCCAACAGUGUGAGCGCCGGUAUUGUGGCUGAGAGUGUGGCCGAGGCGAGGCGGAAAACCCGCAGUGCAGUCAUUGGCGAGUCCAUGUUGACCGAGGGUCGCCGGAGAAGAACGUCGCGUGACUACAAGUGACCAGAGUUUUGCGCCUUGGCUAAAGGCUUGAACAAUCCUAGCGAUGCCCCCGAGGACGAUCUGCUGGAGCUGUUCGAGGACUUUGAGCAGCACCAGCAGCCGCAUCAGCAGCAACAGCAUCAGCUGGAGAUCAGCAGCAGCAUCAGCGGCUUUCCUUUAGCUUUGGCCGAGGCGCAGGAUGAAGAGGACGGUGACGAGGGAACGAUCGGGUAUGAGGAUUUUUCGCGCGCAGCUGGUGGCUACAUGGAGGAAGCCGACCACCUGUUAUCCUAUCACAGCAGCAGUAGUGCCGCCGAUGUGGAGGUGGAUGUGGAACUGCCGGAGCUGUCCAAUGCUACGGCGCUGGACUGCGGCAACUUUGUCGACUAUGAUGAGUUCAACCUGUGUCUGAACAACAUCCUCAGCGAGGAGGACGACGAGACCGGCGGCACUAGCGGUGGCAUUGCGACCAAAGACCAUCAAGCCUGGCGGGAGACCGACGAGGUACUCAACAUCGUACAGCUGAACACCGACCUGGGUCUAAGUUUUCAGGAUGAGCAGCGCUCCGGCAGCAGCAGUUCCCCGCAACUGGUGUAGGGAGAACCGAUCCAGUUGUAUAUAGAACUGAUACCGAACGCUUUCGAUGUAGUUUGUAGUUGACGAUUUUGUACAGUUAGUGAUAGCCACAAGUUGCAAUAAUGUUGCGUCUCGAAGCGAGCAACAUCACACACCCAGACACACACAAUCACACCCACACAAGGGCUGCAAGCGCCUGAACACUAUGCUUUCCGUAUUGGCUCCUCUGUUUCCGAGCAUUCUACUACCUACUGCUACCACUCUCCGAGAUCCACCCAUUGGAAUGAUUUGCUAGUCAAGUGAAACAGGCAAUUAAAUGUAUAGCUCAGAAGAUAAAAUUUGAACAAAUUAGUUGAGUACGUACCAUAUUCGAGAAGCUCCCAUUACCACUAUACACCACUAUCAUAAUGUAACACUAGGCGAAGUAGUUGGCUGAGUAGCAUCAUCCGACCUCCAGGCCCACUCUCUCUCUCACCCAACCAGCAUAGUUUAAUUUGAAAAAAAAAAAUCUGAUUUCCAUGAACCGCUCUGUAAAUAUUUUGAUUCUAAUAGUUGCUACAUGAACACAUUUCUAGCUUUAGGUUGUCUUAGUUAAGCGCGUUGCGACAAGUCGAAAGUCUACAUAUAUAUAUUAUAUAGAAGGCGAUCCAUCGGAGGCGAUGGAUCGGAUCAGAUCAGAUCAGAGCAGGCCGCACGUUUACUUUAGGUUUUAUAUAUCUUUUUUGUAACAUUUAACAUAUGAGAAUACAGUACAGUACAUACAGAUAUAGCCUAUUAGUUUCUGUAAGCUUGCGUUGUUUCGAAAAUUUGUUUUUUAGUUUUAAAUGCUCUAGCCUAAGGACAGUAAUCUUAACGCGAAUUCUUUAACAACAAUAUAUGCACAUGGAAACCUAUGCAAUAAGUUAGUCAAGAAAUGUAAAAAAAAAGCCAAGCACCAGAAAAUGAAAUCGAAAAAAAAAAAACAAAAAAUAAUGAGGAGAAAAUGUGGAAAAUACUGAGAAUCAGUCGCCUAGUACUUGUCGUUUUGCAAAGUGAAAGAUCAUAUAUAAAGAUAUAUAUAUAUAUUAUAUAUAUACAAUAUACAGAAACGAACCGUAUAUAAUGUUAUAUAUUUUGCAUACACAAAACACACAAGAAAAGGGAUACACAAAUAAAACAAAACAAAAAAAAGAAGUUGUAUUGUAUAUAAGGCAGGCUCUAUUUUUGCUAAAUGUUAUUUGAACAAAUAGGGGAAACAAUGAGUAAAGUAAUUGAAGCAAAGCAAAGGCAAAGCGCUAGACAAAAAAACACAAAACAACAUUAUAUAUAUUUCUUCACACGCAUAUAUAUAUAUUGUUCAAUAUUAUUAUUAUCUUAUAUAUAUAUAUUGUAUGAUUGCUAAAAUAAUUCUUUUGAUACUUUGUACAUGUUUACUUUAAAAAAACAAGGCAAAACCAACCGUAGGCGUAUGUAAAGCCCGAACCCUUAGCAUAACUUACAUAUAUGCAUCUAGUACCGAUAAACCUAUAUAGAAGCCGAACUCAUAACAGCUCCAUAGCCUCAUAGCCCCACCAGCCACACAGUCCUGUAAUAUUCAAAAUUCAAGCAUAUUUAGUGAGCCUUGUUUAAUCAGCCUCGGUGGUCAGCCAUCAAUAGGUCCGCAGAACACACCACACCAUUAAUGGAAAAGUUGUAUAAAUCGUAUAAAUAAUUUACAUACUGCUAAAUAAAAAAAAGAAAAACAAGAGCAACACACAACCACAACACACAUUAAAAAUAUUAUAUAUAUAUAUAUAUAUAUAUUUAAAUGCAACCACACAAGAUGAACAACAACAAAAAACGAAAGUGUCUUAAAAA